UACCGUAUUAAUUUAGCCUCUUGGCCCGCCCUCUUCGCAUUUCUCUUACCCACAAGACUUGAUCCAAAUCUCCAUGACGCUUCACCGCAUAGAAAUUUCUAGCACUAGCAAUAUUACUUGAGAAAAGAAAACUUCUUUAGCUCAAAAUCCCUUCAGUCCUAUAUAGCAUUCUAAAGAGAGAAAAAAUCAAUGGCAAAAAGAUGGCGUCUACUCCUUCGAAUCGGCUAAAAUUGACCCCAUCGAACUCGCCUUACCUUCCUCACCCUGCUCGAACUCCUCAUCGUAGCAGAGCUUCGAUAGAACCUCGCCUCUCCCUGAAACGAGUUGUCGGUACUACCUGUGCUUCGCCCACCGGUUUCGACACCGUCAACUCCUUGUUCGCAUACAUCGCCGGGGGAGCUGUGGUCGUGGUCGAUGUCGACGGAGCUGAAUAUAACCAGCGCUUCUACCGAGCUCGUCCGACCGCCACUCCCAUCUACAGUAUCCCUCCGCAUCCUUACUCUCCCUCGACCCCCACACAGACUCCAAAAGCGAACGACAGCCGAAAUAGAGUCUCGUUGCGAGAAUCAACUUAUGGUUCCCUUGAUUGGGCCGAAUCUUCUACGUCAUCGUCGAAGACGUGGACAAGUCGAGAACGUAUCAAGGCCGCAACGUGUUUAGCCCUCAGCAAAGAGGGAAGAUUCCUAGCCGUUGGCGAAACUGGCUAUGCUCCUCGGGUGCUCAUCUUCAACCUCGAAGACAGUUCGUCGGAUACCCCGCUCGUGUCCAUUAGUGAGCACGGUUUCGGGGUAAAGGCUGUUGCUUGGUCUCCCGACUCCAAAUACCUUGCCUCCCUCGGAUCUGCGAACGAUGGCUUCCUCUACAUUUGGAAGAUAGACACCAAAACAGGUGCUGCUAAACUGUUUCAGCAAAACAGAUGCACAUCGUACAUUCGUGGCAUGAUAUGGGUGGGGAGCAACCUAAUCACCUGUGGCGUACGUCACAUAAAAGUGUGGAGGGUUGAGGAGGGCCAAUCGCCGUCUCCGGUGAAACAGAAGUUCAUUGGAGAACCGAACGCGGCCCCCCAACCACACCAAAAGACGUUGUCCGGUCGGAAUGUGUUACUUGGUAACAUGAUAGACGCUACAUUCACGUGCGCCGCCGCUAUCGACGAUACAAAGGCCAUCAUAUGCUCUGAGACGGGCGAUAUAUGCCUAUUCGACGAUGCGGACAAGCAGAUGAAGUUGACUAAUGUCCUCGAAAGUGGAUUUGCCAUAACCUGUGCAGCGCUACGCGAAAAUGUCGUCUAUGUUGGUGGCAGAUCGGGGGAACUCGUAACCCUGGAUUUGCCCUCUUUCCUGGAAUGUAAUCCAGACUGUCUACGAACGCGCGUAGGCUCAUUUGCGGGCCUCUUCGCGAUGGGAUUUCUUCGUGACAAUUUGGUAACUGUCGAUACUAAACGCACUAUUCACGUUUGGGAGCUCGAACAGGGUCCGGAGACAUUAGACUUGAAGUCACCUAUCCCAAUCUCGGGACACCAAGAUCCCAUUCUGGGCGUUCAUCCUCUCAAGCGCCCGAAUGCGCCAGACGCUGAUUUUUAUAGCUGGUCCGCAUCUGGACAGGUCAUACUGUGGGAUGUUGAUGGGCAGAUAAAAUCCUCUUUUCAAGUGCCACUUGAUGAGGCCUAUUCCGAGGAUGAGCCCGACCUUCUCAACCAACUAAACUUAAUUCGAGCCACCGAGGGCGGUAAAUUCUUCGUUUCAGGUGAUAAAUUCGGCGUUGUUAAGAUUAUUGACUUUUCAACUCGAAAAUGUGUGGCAUCUAUGAAAGCACACGCAUCUGAUUGCCAGUUUAUUACCACCUAUGAGGAUAAGUCGAAAUUUGUUAUUGCAACAUGCGGCCGAGACCGUACAGCCCAAUUAUUCCAGAAGUCAACGAAUGGAGAAUUUGAACAUUUCCAGACACUCGAAUUCGCCGCCAGAGUGGUCCAAGUACUCGUUCCAUCGGCCGAUAGGGUGAUAACCUGUUCUCUAGAUAGAACGUUGCAAAUCCACGAUCUAGCAACAAAGGAUGGCGAGCCAGAUGCCAUGGCCGCUAUUCCCUGCAAAACCCUUCCUCUGAAGGGUACGCCGUCAUCCAUGACGACAGAUACGGAUGGAAAGUCGUUAUUUGUAUCGUUAAUGGAUCGAUCCGUUUCUAUAUUCGAUUUAGAAAGUGGAAAACUUACGAACACAUUUAAAUGUACCGAUGAAACCGGAAUCGAAUCCGUUGUUUUAGAUUCCCUCACUGCCCGAUCCGCAAAUGAAAAAGAACCAGCUUUCCUUCUGGGUGUCUCGAAUACGGAUAAAUCGAUCAGGAUAUACGACGCCCAAUCAGGGACUUUCUUGGAUCGUGAAUGGGGCCAUACGGAGGCUAUCAAUGGCCUGGCGCUGGUUGAGAGUGACGACAGUAAGCGGAAUAUUGUGAGUGUCGGGUCUGACGGUACGAUAAUGAUCUGGGAGAUGGAUUUGCAGGAUCCGUCAUGGGGUGCUGCUACUCGUGAUCCAUCUCCGAUUAAGGAUAGUUCCACCCAUACUCGACCUACUCUUCGGCGCGUUCUAUCCAAAGCUGAGCUCGCCGAGUUCCAGCGUCCUUCUCCACCCGCCGGACGACGAUCGCCCCCGAGGACAAUUUCAAAGAGGAGAUCCAUACUAAAUAUGUCAGCCGCGUCAUCAUCUUCUUCAAAAACACCUGUUCCACCUGUUCCACCGCUUCAGACCGGACCAGCGUUGUCAGUUGUUGAGGAUACCCCGACUAGGCGACCGUCGCAGGAUAGCCGAUGUGUUAGUCCCCCAGCUAGUCCCAAGGCGAGAAUAAAAAGGCGUCCAUCCCUACCAGCUCUCAACUCUACAAAAACUAAAAGCAAUAACAAUUUGAGAGCCUUUGGAUCUCUUAACAUGGCUACCGAGCAGGCUUGUCGAACGCUGCGAGCCUAUCGGAGGAAGCUGUCUUCUAGCGAUACCGUCAGCCAGGAUGUAUUAGCUGAGUUAGAUCAAGAGCUCCGUCUUACCGCAGUUGCGCUAGGUGAUCGGGCUACGCGAAGCAAGGCUUUGAGCGACACUAUGCUAAACGGCCUGCUCGACCAGUACUCAGAGCGUCUGGUUGCUAUGCUCGACGAGAAGCUCCGACUCAAUUAUCGAUCGAUUUCAGACCUAGAGCCAGACUCUCCCGGAAAACGCCCUAGCUCGUCGGCGUCUGGGGCGUCUGGGGCAUCAGGGGCAUCUGGAGCGGCUUCCAGUAGUGAUUCGACAUAGCUCGAACAUUUAUUUCACGAUAUAUCUUAGUUCAUUUUGUAUCUCACAGAAUUGCGCAAACUACGUUUUGCGCCGUUGACGCUGGUAACGGGGAAGGUAGGAUGAAGGAAGGAAGGAUAUGUAGUCUUGAGUGACUGCAGGCGUUUCGGACAUUCACUUUUCACUCUUUUCGGUUAAAAUGUCUAGGAGGAGGUAGACACAAUCACGGCGUUAGGAUAUGAGGAUUUGUCAU